UGAAGCACAACGCCAGCCAUCGAUCGCUAGUUUAGCCCUCAGCUCUCUGUAUUUUCCGUUUUCCGAAUCGUAUUUGGAAUGAACCACAAUAAAAUCGCCACAAAUAAAGCAAACAGCAGUCCAAACAAGUGCCGCCGAGCGACGACAAAUAAGCUAAACUAAAUGCAACACAUUCGGAGAGCAGCGCCAACAAAUAUCCAAAUAUAAUUUCUAUAAUAACCGCGCACACGAAAAAUCAAAACAACCCGAGUCCGACGCAGCUGAAAAAGGAUUUUCGAUAGACUCAAGCUUAAAUUAAACAAAAUAAAUCAAACUUGACUAAACUCGAAAUAAAACGAGAUAAAGGAGACUUUGAAUAAAAAUCUACAAAAAUAAAUCUCAAAAACAAAUAAAUAAAACAAGCAAAUAAAACAUUUUUCUAUAAAUCAGAUAAACAAUAAAUUAAAGCCAGAAACAAACCACAUAUAAAAGCAGAAAGGAUUCAUUAAUCAAUUUUAAUAAAAACAACCAAGGAGCUACAAAAGAAACAUUAAAAAUACAAGAAAUAACUAAAUUUUAUAAAUAAAUACAAAUUAUUAAGGAACUUUUAAAUUCUUUUUAGAAUUUAUUAAACUUUGAAAUAAACUAAAACCAGUAGAAAACCUUCUUAAAACUACAAAAGAACCAAAACUUGUUAAGCAAAUACCUGGUAAAUCUCAAUAAAAAUGAACUGAAGAACUACUCAAAAUCACAAAAUAAAAAAUCAUACAAAACCUAAAACCACAGAAACAUUAAAAACACAAUAGUUGCAACAUUCAACUUCUUGAAAUUCAAAUUCGAGCGCCAAAUCAGCACUGCUUCGCAACACUCGAGCGCUACAUCCCUGGUUUCCGCCGCAUUCCAACACUGCAGGACUGUCAGCUGGCUGUCAAUUUGCCAAGCGAACCAAGUCUGUGUGCGAGCCGUGUGUGUGUGAGUGUUGCAAAACGUCGGCGUUGCACUAAAUCUUAAAUUCGCGUUAAAUUCUGGUUAAAAGGCGGCCAAUUAGUUGGUUAUCUGGGGGAAUAAACCCGGCUGAGCAGUUAGCAGCCCCCAGGCGGAGCCAGCCCAGAGCAGCAGCCCGCGCCAGCAGGCAGGGAAAACGCCAGCCAGCCAGCAGCCGCCGAAUCGCGUUGUGUGCGCGGUGUGUGUUUUGUGUGUUAUUUUUGGAAUUAAAGAGCGAUCCGAUCCGAUCCGAGGCAGCGCGCAGGAAGGUGGCGGCUGGGAAAGUGUGCCGCGGCCGGAUCUCCUCUCACAGCUACCGAAAAGGUAGCAAUAAUAGACGCGCGCGGUGCCUUGGAUUUCUACGGCUCCACGGUGGAGAACUUUUACCUCAGAAUGGAUCCGACGCGGGGCGACUCGCGCUACAACCUGAACUACUCGAUGAGUAGUAUCGGGCUGAGCCUCUCCGAUCCCUCGGACAUGUACGGCAACCCGGCGGUGGCCGCCCUGGGCGCCCGCCCGCCCUCCGGCGGCCUCCUCCAGAGCAUGGGCGGCGGCGCAAGCGGCGGCGGCGGUGUACCGUCCAUGCAGCGGCCAAAUCCCGCCACAGGAGCCACAGCCGCCCAGUGCCAGACCCUACACAGCCCCCAGCACGCCUCCCAACAGCAGCAGCAGCAGCAACAGCAACAACAGCAGCAGCAGCAACACCAGCAGCAGCAGCAACAACAGCAGCAGCAACAUCGCGGACUGAAGCGAUCGGGAAGCGAUUGCUACGAGGAUCACCAUCGAUCCGCCGGCGGACUGACGCUCCAGGGACUCGACAGCGUCGCCAGCAGCGCCGGCGGCGUCGAGGACAACGUGGAUGGCUACAACCCGCUGCCCAACAAGAAGUCACCGCCCGCCAACGGCAAGAAGACAAAGGGACGUGUCAAAAUCAAAAUGGAAUACAUCGACAACAAGCUGCGUCGCUACACGACCUUCUCCAAGCGCAAGACGGGCAUCAUGAAGAAGGCCUACGAGCUGUCCACGCUGACCGGAACGCAAGUGAUGCUGCUGGUGGCCAGCGAAACAGGCCACGUGUACACAUUUGCCACGCGCAAGCUGCAGCCGAUGAUCACCUCGGAGGCGGGCAAACAGCUCAUCCAGACCUGCCUUAACUCGCCGGAUCCGCCCAGCGUUGGUGGCGGCGAUCAACGGAUGUCGGCCACCGGCUUCGAGGAGACGGAGCUCAGCUAUAACAUCGCCGAUGAGGACUCCAAAGAUGAACGAUCGCCGACCUCGUCGGGCAACGAGUCGGAUGAUUCCUCGGAUGUGGAGAUGCCGGGAGAGGUCUCGGAGGUGUCUGCCUCCAAGCUGCCAGCUAGCAAAGCCGAGGCUACAGCGGUCUCAGCGCCAGCCACCACAGCCACGGCAGCCACAUCUGCGACGGGAGCCUCAACUUCGGGCUCCAAGCCGAUGCCAGCAUUGAACUAUCAGACUGAGAACGGACCCUCGACGUCCACAGCGGCUGCGACAGCGGGUGGAUCAGCGGCGGACAGCAGCAAGUACGUCUACCCGGCCGCCUCCUUUGCCAAUAUACCGCAGAAGAUGCUGAGGCAACUGAUACAGACAGGACACUUGCAGCUGCACGCCGAGGAGGAUGGCAAUCAGUAUGUGACCAUACCCCUAAGCUCCACUGCAGCCAACCUGAUCAAGAGCAAUAAGCUAUCGGUGGCCAAUAGUGGACCCUCGGGCUCUGGAUCAGCAACAGCUACAGGGACCGCUGCCAAGUCAGAACCAAGUGCCGAAAAACCUCUGACCAUUAAACAGGAAUACGAUUAGCAUCCCACCAGCCACGUCCACUGCUUAUCCAAUACUGAGAACUGCGUUUAUCCACACACUUGCCCACACACACACUCAAUCUGAAAGAUCAGCAGGAUCAUACACACUCUCUAAAAGUCUAUCCAAAGUUUUGUAUCAUCAUCCAUCUAAAGAUGAUGCUGAUGAUCGCCUGCUAAGUCUAAGUCAUACUAUAUCUACUAUAUAUCGUAUACAUACUAUUUUUUAUACCUAUACAACAAGAAGAAAAAAGUGAAGAAAUGAAAUGAAACCCUGAUCGCGAUGCCAGCGUCAUAUCUACGUACGUAAGUUUUAAAAGUUUUGCAAGUUAUAAAUCAUAAAAAACCAUAAACUGAUGUAUCGAGAUGAAUUAUGAUCGAUCGAUGAUUGAAUGAGAAAUGGAAACAAGGAUAAUGAUAUGGAUGUUCCUAAACCGCAGAGAUCAUGUUGCUUUGUUACUAGUUUAUAUCGUUUUAUUAUAAAAAAAAAAAAUACUGAAAAUACAUAUAAAUCACUUUUUUUGCAUAAAAAGAAAGAAGA